AUGCUGUUACCUCAAAAGGUAUUAUUUCUAUGUCAUUUGGCGUCGAUGCUUUUUGGAUUCGGAUCCGGAAAAUGUUUGACUCAUUUACCUGAAGUGAAUCCGAAAUGGUUUUACACGGUCGAUGGUAAAAGAUGCAGCAUCAUCAUCGAGUCAUCGGAAAGAAUCGCUCAUAAUAUAACGUCCAACAUAUUUAAAAUAUUUCUAGACGAAGUUAUCGGUUACGAUUCCGUGGAAAUCGUUCAAAGGAAAGAUUAUUUUAAUUCGACGUUGGCCCUCAGCCGAUUACAAGACAAGAGGGCCUACUAUCAUUCGUACUACAACGAUACCCUAAGAUGUCCGGUAGCCGCCAUAAAUUUGGAAAUAUGGAUAACGACGUACGAAAGUUUAAAAGAAGAAAUUUACCAGAAGAAAAAAUUACCGCCGCAAUUGGGAUCGGUGGCGCCACCCGGAAGGUUCGGAUGGUUCAUACCUAAAAAAUUUUCAAACAGCGCUUUGGACAGCAUUCACUGGAAAGUUUUUCAAAAUAAAGAAUUGGCGCAAAAAUACGGCGUCGACGAAACGAUUUUGGAAACGGAAAUUCGCGAAUUUGCCAUAGAUCCGGAAACGAAAAAUUAUUUCUGUCCGUCUCCGAUAUGCGAAGAUGGAGUUUUCGUUAUGGAAAAAUGUCAGAGCAGAAAAGGUCGUUCACCGUGUGCCAUGUUAUUCGCCGGACAUUACGACGUGACGAAAUUCGUCAUAGAGGACAUAAAAUCAUUGGAUUUGUUCGUGAGCGUUAUUUGGUUGGGACCGAAUUUGAAAAAUGUCACGAGUCGAUUGAUAGAAAAUAGAAAAGAUCAACCGGUGGUGAUACUUUCGUGGACUCCGAGCAUAAUCACAGCUUCCGGUGAAUUCGUUUCCGUCGUUUUUCCACCGUGUCAAAAUGAAAAACCAUUAACGCCCGGAUGCAAUUACGAAUUACAGAGACUGGUCAAAUCAACGUCGAGAACGUUGGCUCAAGGAGCCCGACAAGCGUGGGAAGCGGUGAACGACAUGUACUUUAGUGAUUCUCAAUAUCGUGGACUACUGAAAGAUUACCUCGCGAAUUUGAGUCUGUCUCAUCAAGACAUUGCUUGCAAUUGGAUGAAAACGCAUCAGAGCACGUGGAAACAUUGGACGCAAGUGAGAGACAACAACGAAUUGAAAAUCCUCGGGAUAUUCCCGUUCAGCGGAUCUUCUUACAACGGAGCUGGAGUCGCGGAUGCUGCGGAAAUGGCGGUCGACGCCAUUAAUCGAAACACGUCCAUUCUCAGAGAUAUAACUCUCGUUAUACAAAAACACGACGGACAGUGUAACACGGAUGUCGUCAUGAAUAAAUUUAUCGAGACUGUUUUAGAAAAGAACGAGUAUCAAAAGCUCAUCGGGAUUUUAGGUCCGGCUUGUUCGGAUACGGUCGAAUCCCUCAUCGGUGCCUGUAAAUAUUUUCGUACCGUCGCAAUCAGUUACAGCGCGGAAGGUACAAUUUUUUCAGACAGGUCGAAAUAUCCAUAUUUUUUUCGAACGAUCGGAGAAAAUCAGGAAUACAAUCUAGUCUAUUUGAAUUUAUUGAAACGAUUAGGAUGGAAGCGGAUAUCAUCGAUAACGGAAGACGGUCAAAAAUACACGGAAUACCUUCCACAUUUGGUCAACUUGUUGAGUAAUUAUAAUUUUACAUUCGUGGCCAACAGCAAAUUUCCAAGGAUCAGAGUCAAUCACACUAUGAAAUCCUAUUUGGAAGAUCUCAAAUCUAAAAGUGCCAGAAUAAUUAUCGCUGACGUGUACGACCCAGCCGCGAGAUCGGUCAUGUGCGCUGCUUAUCAGCUUAAAAUGACGGCUGUCGAAGGUUACGUUUGGUUUUUACCACAGUGGCUCAAUCAAAAUUGGUACAACACGGACGAAAUAAAUCCGACUCUUAACGUUAACGAAAGAGUCGAAUGUUCGACGGCGCAAAUGAUUGAGGCCAUCAACGGUUAUUUUUCCCUCGCUCAUUCUUACUACGCUCCGGAUGAUGCCAUAAUGCAAGAAAACAUAACGGUGGGAGAAUGGAGAGAAAAAUACGCAAACGAAACGGCUUUCCCGUCGGAUUAUGGCGGAUUCGCAUACGAUGCCGUUUGGGUCUACGCUUUGGCCAUUGAUAAACUUUAUCAAAUGGAUCCGUUUGCCGUUGCUCAACUUCAUUCGGAGAAAUACACGGAACAGUUUGUAGAAAUAAUUCAAAAUACGGAUUUCAACGGAGUUUCCGGUAGGAUAAAAUUCGUUUCGGGAGCUUCCCGAAUGACGGUCAUAGACAUCGUUCAAUGGGUUAACAACAAGACUCGAAUCGUCGGAUCCUUUCAUCCGAAUUCUUCGGGUUCCGUCACCGAUCACAGGUUCGAAUUGAACGUGUCCGCAAUUGUUUGGCUCACUUUGGACGGUAAACAACCGGGGGACGGAGCGGAAACGUGCAUAUUGCAAGCUUUGGCGGAUCUGAUGAACGUCGAUUGCAGCGUGGCCGUAGUCGUUGCCAACGUCAUGGGCAUAAGUUUAUUUGGAAUUUUAGUGAUAAUUGCUUUCAUCAUCAUCAAGCACAGGUACGACAAAAAAAUGCAAAAAAUUCAAAAAACUCAAGAGCUCAUGAAAUCCCUCGGAUUCGAUCUCCUCGCUCCGAAUUUGGAUUCGGAUAAAUGGGAAAUUCCGAGAGACAGAUUGGUCAUCAAUCGUAAAUUGGGUGAGGGAGCUUUCGGAACCGUGUACGGUGGAGAAGCUUAUUUCAGCGACAAAGGUUGGGUCGCGGCUGCCGUCAAAGCUCUCAAAGUCAAUUCAACGACGGAACAAAAAUUAGACUUUUUAAGCGAAGCCGAAGUCAUGAAAAAAUUCGAUCACAAAAACAUAGUGAAAUUGUUGGGAGUGUGCACGAAACAAGAGCCCGUGUACACCGUCAUGGAAUUCAUGUUGUACGGAGAUUUGAAAACUUUUCUUCUCGCACGUCGACACCUCGUCAAUAAUAAAAAAAUUCACGAAGAAUCAGAUGAGAUAUCGAGUAAAAAAUUGACUGCCAUGGCUUUGGACGUUGCCAGAGGAUUGAGUUAUUUGGCACAGUUGAAAUACGUUCACAGAGAUAUAGCGUGUAGGAAUUGUUUGAUCAACUACGCGAGGGUCGUCAAGAUAGGAGAUUUCGGUAUGACGAGAUCGAUGUUCGAAAACGAUUAUUACAAGUUUACGAGAAAGGGAAUGAUGCCUGUGAGGUGGAUGGCACCUGAGAGUUUGGCAUUGGGAAUAUUCACUCCCAGUUCGGAUGUUUGGUCGUUCGGAGUACUCCUGUACGAAAUAAUAACCUUCGGGAGUUUUCCAUUUCAAGGUCUCAGCAACAAUGAAGUCGUCAAGCACGUCAAUAAAGGAAACACGAUAACGAUUCCGAGUGGGAUAAAGCCACAGCUCGAGUGCCUGAUAAAAUCGUGCUGGAAUUUAGAGUAUAAGAAAAGGCCUCAGGCAUCGGAAAUAGUCGAAUUUCUCGCUAAUAAUCCCAGGUUAAUAUCUCCAUGCUUGGACGUUCCCAUAUCGUCGGUAGAAUUCGAAGACACGGGACAGUUGGAAUUGAAUUUACCAAAAAGUUUAAGAAAAUUUUCUCUGACAUUAAAUGCGAAAUACGAGGAAAGCGCGGGAGAGACGAGGAAUCAAUCUUUGUCCCAGGAUUCGGAACCCUCACCGCCGCCGGCGGUACCGCCGACUUCGGUCUUGUCGGAUUUCGACGAACCUUCCUCCGUGUUUUUCCCAAACGGAUACGCGGCUCAAACGGGUACGUGUCCGUGGAUGCCGCUAUUGAAUCCAUCGUCGACGUCGGGUGGUAAUCACGACGGUUCAUCGAGAUCGUCAUCUAUAACGGCGGGACUCGGAAAACUCGUGACGAUUCACAAGAGCGAAUCCUGCGACGAGUGUUUGUCGUCGCACGAACAUCAAACGUCGGUUCUUUGA